AUGAUUAAUUUAUUCAUAACCAAAAAUGAAAUAAUGGAGGAGAAAGGAGGAAGAAGGCUUAGGAGAAAAAAAUAUUUGAAAGAUCUAUUAGAAAAGUUCAUCGAAGAGAAUGGAAUCUACACGGGGUAAAAAUACAUUAAUUUAAAUCUAAGUUGUAGAUAUAUUGGAACAUUUUAAAAAAUUUCUAGGGAGUAAUCAGUAAAUGUGAAAAGAUUAAGAGCGCAUUAGAAAGGAUUAGAAUUUUGGAUACAUAAAUUAAAGAAAACUAUAAUAAAUCUUUAAACUAUUGCUGAAAUUUUCAUAUUUAUUUUGGAGAGAAUUCUGAAAAUGGAAAGAGGAUGA